AUGUCAUCACCAUAUAACGGUCAAUGGACAACUCGCGGUGGAAGCGUUGGAAGUGGCAGAUCAAGCAAUGAACGUUCAUCAGAUGAUGAGCAGCAAAUGGCAUACUCUGCAGCAAACCAUUCAGCCUCGUCCGCGAUAGACAGGCCGACGUCUUCAAGCUCCAGCCUCUCCGGUGCGAUAGGGGAUCCUCGCAUCCUUUCUUCAACUUCAAGGUUUUCAGGACCACCUCCAGGGGGGAUGAACGAAGCUUUGGUCUGGCCUGCAGGACAUUCACAGCCCCGAAUGCUUCCAUCCCAAUCCUCGAUGUAUACCGGUUUAACAUCCCACAUACCCUUCUACGAUCCAACAGAGGCAGACGUCAGCGCUAUGGGUUAUCACGACUACCGCAAUGAAUCAUCGCCACUGCCAUCAUUCACAUCACCGCCGUUCGCGGAUACAUACAGACAGUACGAAACACUUCCGGCGCACUCGCCGUCAUCAUCAGGUUCAACAUCCCCUCAAGAAGAGAUACGCAACCUGCGACGAAGAGUCAAGGAGCUCGAGCGUGCUAAUGAGCAGGACAAGGAACGUAUGCGGAUGCUUCAAAUGGAGUUGAACAGCAAUUCAUCACCACGACUAUCUACCUCACCGUCCUUCCAAGAGUCAUGGAGACUUCGUACAGAGGCCCGUCAACGUCAGUUCUGUUCACUAAAUCGUGCUGGCAAUGCCCUAUGUGCUUGGCAUGAUUCCCGUCGCGAACGACGCGUACAUCCUCCUAGGAUGGCUCCUUCAGGAUAUCUCAAUUGUGGCUGUUCAUUCGAAGAGGCACUGUUUGAAGAAAGCUUAUCGCGGCAUGGUGUUGGAAGCUACCUUCCUGGGGAGAACGUGCGGAUGGAUCCCGCGCUGCGCAAUCCCCUGUUGAAGCUGCUACAGGAAAGAUAUGGAUAUAGGGAUGGUGAUUUCGAGCGCGACCCUCGCACAGGUGACUGGAUGGCCGGGGACGGACCUGAAAAAUGGGAGCAGCAACUUCAUUCUGGUAUUACGAAUCCUCGUCGCCCUCGGGCUGACCACGAUCGUCGAUGA